AUUGUUGUACUAUAUGUUGUUCCUUCAGUCAUAUAUUGAGAUAAUAAAACCAAUAUAAAACCAUCACCUUAUCUUUACUUAAGAGAUCACUUAUAGAGAGGUCUGAAUGACUUCUUCCUUGUUUACUUCCCCUACAAAUUUUAAUGCACUUUGCAGUAGCUUUCCCUUGAGUUGGAAUGCGUCUCAUUCUUCCAAUAUGUGAGACCAAAGUUCAGAACCAGACCACAAAGGUAGUUUUCUCAGAAUUAGAAUAUUAUACUUAUAAUUGGGAGGUCGUUCAUGUUACUAAAGCAAUCAAUAAAUAUGAUCUGUUAGCCACGGAUCCCUGUGCAUUGUCUAAACAUAAAACAGGGAUGACAUGGUGCCAAUCAGCCCCACCACUUGUGCAGUUCUUUACCAAUAUUGAGAAUAUAAGGAUCAAUGGUUCAUCAUCCAUUCAUGGUAAUGAAAAUGAGCUUGAUUGGCAACUUUAUGUAAGAAUGAUUAGUUCUAGUUCCAUGCAUGUGUUUUUAUGAUAAGGAUCCUAAUUUCUAGCCUUUUAGCAAGUAAAUAUUCAUUUUGUAUUAAAUUUGCAUGGACAUUUGAUUAAAUUGUUAAUCAUAAGGAAUUAAACCCAAUAAUAUUUUAUGUGCUAACUAUGAAGAUUCAUAUAUUUGUAUGUUCAAAUUUAAAUGGAAAUAGGGCAUCAUGGCACUAAAGGGUCAUAUGAAGAUUGCUAACCAUUAUCUGGUGUUUCUGCUUUUGAUGUAAAUCGGUUUAGACUGCUCUACUGUGAUAAACUUCAGUUACUAUUCCAGAGUUGUGAGAAACUGAGACCCCAUUGCAUGGAUUCAAAAUUAUUUGUCAACAUCAUGUUGCAGAAUCAAUAUCCUAGCCUUGCCUGUUGCCUUUGGACCUUGUGGGCAAAUCUGCUGCCUAUCAUCAGUUCCUUUUCUUUUCUUUUUUUCUUUUUCAGAAUACCUUUGGGGCAGCCCCUCCCAUUUACCUUUCUUUAAUGUCUUCAUUAUUACUAUUUUGGCAGGUAUUGUUUAGCCAAUGACCACUUGCUAGAAGCUGUCAAAUUUCUGGAUCUCAGUAAUGGUGCUGGUUGGGAAGUGCUUCAGGUUAACUAACAUUCUGAAAUUUAUUAUAAUUGCCAAUAAUUUGUCAUUUACCAUGAUUUUUUGGUAUGUGAAUGCCAUUCAUCCAAUAACAUUCUCACAGAACUUGGUAAGAAGGGGGCUGCUAAUGUGUGGGUGUGUUGGUAUUUUUUCUGGGUGGGUUGGGAGCUUGUUAUAACCUCAGGGCACAUUGUAUUGCGCAUUGUAUUUCAAAUGAUAACAGGCUGUAAUAAAUUAAUAGGGAUUUUGUUCAAACUGCUGUAAAAUGUGGAUGUUAAUACAACUCUUUGAUAGAC